AUGGUAAAAAACCUUGAAAAGAAAUGCGAACCAGCUCAAAAACAAUCAAUUGCAAAACGAAACAAUAAAGGACUCAUAGAUGCCAAGCUCAAAGCUGUAGGGAUUUCUUGCUUCAAAGAAGGAAAUAAUCCUUACUGCAAAGUAUGUAAAGAUAGUGGAAGUUUGAUGAUGUGCGGGCAUUGCUCGAGGUCGGGUAGACAUGGAAUUACCAUAUGGUGGUAUUUUCAUAACAUUUCGUGUCCUAUAAAAAUAAUUAUAGAAUUCUAAAAAAGUAGGAAAAACCACAAAUGGAUUUUUUUGAGUAUAAAAGCGCAUGAAAAUGCCAAACAGUAAAACCUCACUUAUAAGCCAGCAUGAAAAUACCAAUGAUGAAAAAUUUAUAAUAUUAAAGCUGAAUAGUAUAGAAUAGGGCAAAUGCAAAAUGCAAUGAAUCCCCUAUCUUACAAGAGGACAGGGAAAUCAAAACUAUCACAUAUUUAUGUAUAACUUUCAAUAAAUAGAGAUAUUUGUAUAGUAAUCACUAUCUUAUUUUCAUAUAGUAAAUAGGCUAGCAGAUAACUUCUAAGAAUACUUUUAUUCAUUAUAAAAAUGUAUAUAGCCCAUAUCCUAUAUAGAUUUCUUUUAUCAAACAAAAUGUAAUGGAUUGUUGAACGAUCAAGAUAGACUCUUUCAAAGGGAUUAGCUGAAUCCCUAUACUAGGAAUUGUUAAAAUGUAAUAUGUCAAAAAAUGGUUGACAAGUGUCGAAAAAGUUGACAAAUAAACGUGCACAUUUCGAAAGAGUUGAUAAGGUUUACUAGAUAUCAGACAGCUAUUUGCGGAUGGAUCCACUUUAAAUUUUAGGAGACAUAGCUAUUAAUACUUUGAUCAAAGAUAAUAGAUCUUAAUAUCAACCUUUUAUAAAUAGAUAUUAUAAAUAAAGAAUAUUAUAAAAAAAAUGCAAAUUAUUUCGCACAUAUAACUAAAAAUGAUAAAUAUAAGAGAGCAAGUUAUCAUCUAUUUUCAUAUAAAUCUGUAGAGUUAUGAAAAUCUGUUUAAUUUAUCAUUUUAAUGCAAUUUUAAAGUCAAAAUUAUUAACCUUUUAAAUUAUAAAUUAAAAAAAAAGUUUAAAAAAUAUUAAUUUAAGAAGCAUGGAUCUGAUUUAAUAAGAGUAUCUGUUAAAAGCGCUUUAUUUUACUCUGGUCUUUUCAAACUAGAUCACUUUCUAUAAAAAUCCCUUGGCAUGAGUUAAAGUUAUAGUUGAUUUUUUAAUUUUUUUCCAUAGUUGUAAUUUUUAGACUAUUCAAAAAAUUACUAUUGGUAUUUUCAUGCAGAUUUUACCGCUAAUUUUUUUUAUGCGAAUUUUUUAUUUUAUUUUCAUGAUUUAAUUAUUAUACAACUACAAUAUAUUUUUGCAUCUGUUGCAUUUUUAUGCAUAAAUUUAUAUUUAAAUUGACAAGUUUAUCUGUAACUUUCAUUAUUCUGUUGUUUGAAUGCUUUAUUUUAAUCAUUUAUAUCGCACAUUGAAAUUUUACGUUGGUUUUUUACUGCAAUUUGAAGAAGUGAUCAGCAAAAAAGAAUAUUUUCCAACGCAAAAUAUAGUUUCUGUGUCUGCUAUAGAAAUUUAAUUGGAUUUUAUAAAGAAGAGAUUAUUUAAUCUUUUAAUCUGUUCUAUAUUACUUUUGCUCUAUUCUAUACUAUUCAGCUUUGAUAUCAUAAUUUUUAUCAUCAUUGGUAUUUUCAUGCUGAUUUAUAGGUCAGGCUUUACUUUUUGGCUUUUUUUUUUUUUACUAAAAAAAAAUCCAUGAUUUUUCCCACUUUUUUUAAAAUUCAACAAUCAUUUUUAUAGGGCACGAAAUGUCAUGAAAAUACCACCAUAUGGUAUUUCCAUGUCUGUCAGACCUCGAGGUCUUAUCAAAUAAUCAAUUAAUCAAUUUAACUAGCUUCUAGUUGGACCCCUAGUUGCGAAGCACCAGAAAUGCAUUUUUAUCCAUCUUGCCGCUACUCUCAAGCUCAUGUCAGGCCUUGCAGUUUGGUUCGCUCCUCCUUACACCCGUAAAGUCGUUUGGAAAUCAGAAACACGGGAAACACUAGCAGCUUGGCGUGUUGCCUAACUCUAUCCGACUUUCAUUUCACCACCUAUACGGCCUAAAUUCCUGCCUUUUAUACCAGCAAAGGAAAGAGGUAAAACUCGAUACACAAGACGCGAAGUAUAAAAUUCCUCGCCAUUUUCUUCUCUUGUGCAAAUAGUCCGCGUGUAAAAACCUAACACUAUAAUAAUAGAAGUUGGGUAGGGAAAAGGAACUCGCGGAGCGAAUUACCUUUUCAUCAGAAACCAUUUUAUUAUUUUGCUCGAGGUCUUAUCACUUGCAUUGCGCCAAUAUGCUGGAGUCAGAUAUUCCAGCAGGGACUUGGUUUUGUCAGUAUUGCGUCCAAUACGUGGAGAAGAGGCUCAAAGAUGAUUACCUGAAAUUGGAAAAAAGUGAGAGGCAUCAUAAAGAAUCAAAAAUAAAGCAUUUUGCGGGAAAAGUGAAUGAUGAGCAAAAAGAUAUAACAGUGAGAUGAUUUGAGAAGAAGUAUCCUGAAUAUGUUAAACAAGGGAAAAUACAGUAUCCAAUUGCCGAUGAACUAAUUCUAAAAGAAUGUGAACUUUCUCAAGCUCCUGUGCCAGUGCCGCUUCCGCUGCCUAACCCUUUGAGUUUUCCUUCAGAGGACAUCGGAGACUUGUUUUUCGUAGUUGAUUUUUUUUACAAUUUUGGGAAAAUGAUGAAAGUGUCUCCGUUUACUAUAGAGCAGCUUUAUUAUGCGUUGAAUGCGACUGUGGAGACAGCGCUUAUUAAAGAGCUGCAUAUGGCUCUUAUUAAGCUUCUUAUUGGGCAUGUUUUGUCAAGAGAAAAUGCUUAUGAAGUUUUAAAUGAAGACAGCAAAUUUUUAUAUUCAGCUGCACAGCUAUCAGAACUUUUUGAGAUUACAGAAUUUUUGCCUUAUUCUUGGCUUACUCUCUUGGAUGAGAUAAUCCAACUCCCAAUAUUCAAAGACUAUGCCGAAGAUUCAAUAGUUUUGAAAAAAGACGAGUCAUAUCUAGAGCUGAAUUAUUUUAGUUGUAGUUUCAAAAUGCGACUAGGAAUUUUAAUUUUGUUGAUCAAUUGCUUAUUUGAUGUAAAAGAAUUGCAUGAUGAGCUUUCAAGAAGAUUGGAAGAAAAAGGAGACUUAGCCAAAGAAAAAGCCAAAUUGAAUUUGGAAAUUAAAGAGAUUGAGUUAAAGCUCCCAGAAAUCAAAGGCCUUGCAGCCACAAGAAAAGCAUCAAGCAUGACUGAAAAGAUACAAAAGAAGCAAAAUAAAAUUGAAGAAAUAAAUAAGAAGCUUGAAACAAUUCAUCUUAGAACGUCCCCAAUUGGCUUGGACAGAGAUUAUAAUGAGUACUACUUUUUCAAAUGGGACCUCAAAAAAUUAUACGUUAGGAUGAAUAGUCCAAUAGCUCAGCAUCCUCCAGAGAAAACUGAUGAAUCAGGAGUCUGGUAUGCUUUUACCCGUUUCAGCAGCCUUGACUUGCUGCUUCAAGCUCUAUGUCCCAAGGGCAUCAGAGAAAAUAAAUUAAUUGAAGGAAUCAAAUGGGCCAAAGACAGACUUAAACUUCUACCUGGAGACGAUUCAUCAACAUCAAGUGAAAUGCAGAUUGAUGAGUCAAGUCAUGGAUCUAAAGGAGGAAUUGAAAUUUAUGUGAAUAAAGAAAGCUCAUUUAAAGAUGGGGAAUCCACAAUUGAUGCCUUCCGAGAUAUGCUCUUGAAAAUUGAAAAAAAGUUUACAAAAUACCUGAAAAAAGGAAAUAAAUUAUGGGAAGGGUAUGAAAGAACUGAGGACUGGAAGCGGGAAGUGAUGAAGGCAGAAGAGCCAUCGGCCUUGGCAAAUCUACUUCUUGAACAUUCUCAGAAAUCUGCUUCACCUUUAAAGCUGGCAUCUUCAAGCGAUCAAAGCGGAGACUCUGAUGAAGAACGUGUAUAUACUCAAAAGUAUCGUAAAGUGAGUAUAGAGAUUGCCCUUGGAUUGGUAGUACUAUGUUAGCAGCUAAUAAUUAUUUAUAGCUCUAUUUAUUAAUGGCCAAUAAAAGUAAUUUUUCUAUAUUAAAAUAUGGCAAGAUCUUGGAGAUUACUGUCAAUUAUGGGAAAACCUAACCCAAUCUAUUACUACUUUUGGGCAACUAGCUCUUGUAAUAGGAAUUUAUCAAGAAGUUUUGAAUCAAUACAUGGCUAAGAAGAAUGAAUCAGGUAAACAUGAAAAUGAGCCAAAGAAAAAGGUCAGGGAAGAAGAAAAAAGAGUUCUAAGAUCCGAAGUAAAAAAGAUCCCGAUUGAGAUCAGCAGCAGUUCUUCCUCUUCUUCUUCUUCGGACGAUGAUUUAAAGCAUGAAGAUAACUGCUAUUUUUGCGAUGAUGGUGGAAAAUUAAUUUGCUGUGAAACCUGCCCAAAAGUUGUGCAUCCUAAAUGCAUAGGACUCAAAAAAGUGCCAAAAGAAGACUGGUACUGCGAUGAGUGUAAGUACAAACAGCAAAAUGCUCCUCAAACUAGACUGAGAUCAAGGCUUAGAAAAAACGAGUAA